AUGGCAACGUCUGAAGACAACUUCCCAACAGCUCUACCCAUGUUGCUGGCCAUCGUGGAGGGGCCCGACAGGCACCCUGCAGACGAGGGGUCUCAGGAAGUGCUGCGGGGGAAACUCUGCCUCCUGGAGGCCGACAGCGCGGAGGUCAACGCUCUCUUUACGGAACUCUCUGCCAGGCUGGUCUCCAUCAACAGUGAAGAAAACGUUAUAUUUGUCGCAUUCAAAACAUUCGAAGAGAUAUGGAAGUUCACCACAUAUUACACAAUGGGCUUUCUGGGUCAGUGCAUGGAGAACCUGCUCCUAGACCAGGAUUUCUGGUUGAGCUCGAUGGACCAGAAGAACGUGGGCAUAGAGAUCUCUAUCCAAGAGGACACUCUCAACCUAAUGUACAAAGGCAUCCUCAUGCAAGAGGGUUCCUUCUUCGCCAGCUGCAGUUCCACCCAGAUGUUUGACAGCUCCACCUCUGGUAGUGACCUCUACCUGGAGCAGGGGGACAUAGCCCUGUUCGAGCCCCCGUUCUUGGGGUCGGGGUGGACUGUACUGUCCCUGGGGGAUGGAGCCCGGGGGACCAAGCCCAAACCAGCCCUGGAGCCCGUCAUACCCUUCCACCAAUGGUUCUUGAAAUCCUGUGCGGAGAACAUCUUAGUUGGUAGUGGCAAGCCAGCAUGUGACUUCCUCUGCCAGUUUGCCACAGGCUCCUGCAUUGCCACUGUGGAGUAUGACGCAGGAGGGCCAGAUGAGCUGAGCCUGGAGCAGGGUGAUCACAUCCUCAUUGUGGGCCUGUUGGUGUCGUGCUUCGAGUGGUUCACUGGCAGGCUGGAGAGGACAGGAGAGGUGGGACUGGUGAUGACAACACUGGUCAAGCCAGCUGAUGAUACCCUUUAUGGUUCCCAAGGAAACAUGGACGCUCACCAACAAGCAGAACUGAAGAGGAAGAUAGAAGAGAUUCUACAAGAAGGGAAGGAGAAAGUGCCUUGUGCGACUGUGAUGACAAACAGAACUCUGGAGGACCACAGUGAGUCCUCUAAGACUACAUUACCCAUUGGGCCUCACUUCACCAUCCACCCAGUAGAGGAAGGCACCACCACCAACCAAGAGAAACUCCUUCCUCUUCUAUCCUUUCUGGGCGGCUCUGACUACAAACCAGAUUUUGGCACCCUCUACGGACAAACCCCAGAACUGCUCCUUGCCACUUUCAGCGGCCACUCGGACGACAUUGACGAAUUGGUGGCAUACUUAGGCAUAGCCAGGGAAACGGCCAGGAAGAAGCGUCUCCAUUGGUCGCAGAGCCGCCUCUGUUUGCUUUUGGGGAAACUCUGCGCGGGAAGUUCAAAAUUCUCCCAAGCUCGAGUCUACUUCGAGGAGGCCCUCAGCAUCCCUCGAGAUGGAUUCACGGACAUGCUAAUGCUAGCUAACAUCUACGUAAACCUAGCUGUGAUCUAUCUCAUGCAAAAAAACACAGAGAAGUACUUUGCUUUGUCAGAGCGGAUUGCUGCAUUGCUUAUGGGUAUCCCUGACUGCGUCUCUACUGUAGAAAAAGACUCUGAAGUUCUCAAGUUCAUCCUGAAGAAAGCGGUUCUCGCUCAUAACAAGAUGGCUGAAGCACGUGCUUGUUUCCUUCUAGCAAAGCUCCACUGGAGGCGAGGCGAGGGGGCGGACGCUGUCCCGUUCUUGGAGAGACUUCUGGUUCUCUCGGCAGAGCCAGUAGGUGUCCGGAGCGUCAGGCCCAGCCACGGCUACCUGAGCCUGGGGAGACUGUACAGCCAGCUCUCCCUCCCCCAUCUCUGUGUCAGCUCAGCCAGGAGAGCCACAAUGCAUCCCUCCGCUAGGCUAGCCGAUUGUCUGAAUGGAAUGGGGCUAGUGCUGGAGAACACAGCCAGACUCUAUGGGAUCCGGAAGCAGGAAGACACCAUUCCAGCUCAAGUGGCUCUGUAUCUGAGCCGGUCGCUCUCUUUCACUGGGGAAUUAGCUGGAGUCGGUGGCAAUGGUGACCCCACUCUAAGCCAGGCACUCACACUCUGCCUAUCACAGCUGUUUCAGAAACACGGGAUACUAGGACGCGCGGUGCUCUCCAUGCACACUCUCAUAGACAAUCAUUGCAGGCCGUCAUCAUCAUCGGGCGCCACUAGCAGCCCUGAACGCAUCAGCGCCCUCGUGUGGCUAGCCUGGCUGCACAUCUGUAACAGCCAACCGGAGGUAUCACUAGAUGUCCUCGACUCAGUGCUGGCCUCCAUGCCAGAACACUGCACUACUCCACAGGAAGGAUUGGUCCACAACAUGAGGGGUGUGGCCCUUCGACGCACGGGAGACCUGCGGAGGGCGGCAGAGAGCUACCAGGCGGCCAUUUAUGUGUGUGAGGAGUUUGAGGACAGGGCCAACUGGGCGGUCGCGCAGGCUAACCUGGGGUUGCUGUGUCUGAAGGCUGGGGCUAAGGGACUGGCGGAGAGGCAUCUCACGGAAGCCGUGGAGCUGUUCUCAGAGCUGGGUGGAGGGGAGCAUGAGGUGAACUUUAUUACAGUGCUGCUGGAGCUGGGACAACACUGUGUGAACCAGAGACUCCUGGAAAGAGGGAAGAUCUACUUUGAGUGGGCUCUGCUGAUGGCCAUUAAGUCAAACCAUUUAGACAGUCAGUUAAGUGCGACGCGGCGUCUGUGCCACCUGUACGGAGCUGUAUGUUCUGACGAAGCUCAGUGCAUAAUCUACAACGAACAUCAGCUUGCCAUACUGGCGACCCGGGGAGACAGGGGACAGGAGGGCGAGGUGCUGGAGACCAUCAGCCAGCUAUACCUCAGUCUGGGGACAGAGAGGGCUAGGCGGUCGGCUCUGGACUACACCAAGCGUAGCCUGGGUAUCUUCAUAGACCUGGGCCGGAAGGAAAAGGAGGCAUAUGCCUGGCUGCAGGCUGGGAAGAUAUACCAAAUGCUGGGCCAAACCGAACUGGUGGACCUCUAUGUACAGGUUGCCCAAGAUGUGGGCCUGAGUACAGGAGACACACACUUUAUCCUACAGCUGCUGGAGGCAGCAGGGGAUGUCUUCUUCAACCUCAACCAGGAGAGAGAGAAGGCUGUCUGCUUCUAUAGGGACCGUGCCCUGCCCAUCGCUGUGAGGACCAGCAGUACAGAGGCCAGACUAAGGCUGUCUAACAAGCUGGUGGAGCUGCUACUGCAACUGAAGCUGUAUGGAGAGGCCGUGGAGUACGCCCAGGCCGCCCUGGACAUCAGUGUUACACUGGGAAAUCGUCUAAAUGAACGCGUGGCCUUCCACCGGCUGGCCACCCUGUACCACUGUCUGGGUCAGUUUGAACUGGCUGAACACUACUACCUGAAGACCCUCUCCCUCUGCCCCACGCCCCUGGAGUUUGAUGAGGAAACCCUGUACUACGUUCGAGUCUAUCAGACGCUAGGGGACAUCAUCUUCUAUGACCUGAAGGACCCCUACGAUGCCGCGGGGUACUACCACCUGGCGCUGGCAGCAGCCAUGGACCUCGGCAACAAGAAGUCCCAGCUCCAGCUCUGCACGCGAUUGGCUACAAUCUACCACAACUUUCUGGUUGACCGGGAGCUCUCACUCUUCUUCUACCAGAAAGCGCGAGCGUUCGCCUCAGACCUCAAUGUACGCCGCAUCAACCUCUCGCCCGACCAGAACUUCAGUAGUAUGUCGCAGUACAAGUCGAAUAGGGUUAGCACUCAGGAACCAACAACAAAGUAACCACCAUCUUGGUUUGAAGUUUGGCAGAAGAAUGGAGAGUUUAAGGUAUCAGAGGAAAUUGUGCCAAGUGGAUGUCGUAUGUUGGGUUUGAAGAAGUGUACAUAUGUAAUUUUGAGAUUUUUAAACCUUUGAGAUGUGUUGAUGUGAUUUUGCCAAUUAGGGUUCUGUGCCAUACUGAACAAUUUCACUUAUAGAAUCAUACAGCAAUAUCUACAAUGGUCUUCAGUUGAUGACCUGAAAUUAGAUGAAGUCAUGGUAAAAGGAAUGAAUCAUGAAAGACAUACAGUA